AUGUCAAAUAUGUCAAAUACAAUGAAGAAAAGGUGUAAUGGAAAUGAAGAGGGUGAAGAGCAGAGAAAAGGGCCUUGGACGCUUGAGGAAGACACUCUUCUCACCAAUUACAUUGCCAAUAACGGUGAAGGCCGGUGGAAUCUAGCCGCCAAAUCCUCUGGGCUAAAGCGAAAAGGAAAAAGUUGCAGAUUGCGAUGGUUGAAUUACCUUAAACCUGACAUAAAGCGCGGGAAUCUCACUCCUCAAGAACAACUCUUGAUCCUCGAGCUCCACUGUAAAUGGGGUAAUAGGUGGUCCAAAAUUGCGCAGUAUUUGCCUGGAAGAACAGACAACGAGAUCAAAAACUAUUGGAGAACUAGAGUUCAGAAACAAGCGCGAUUGCUCAACAUCGAUUCCAGCAGCCACAAGUUCUUGGAAGUCGUCCGUAGCUUUUGGGUUCCAAGAUUGAUCGACAAAAUGAAAGACAACUCAAACACCAAGACUAGUGAAGCUGCUCCACCUCCACCUGAUUUACUUGCGCCAGUUUUACGAGACAACGAUUUUUCUAACCAUCAUUCCGGUUUCAACAACAUGGGUUGUUCCACUUCCAUGUCUCAAAAUCUCAAGGAAAUAUCACAAUUCAUGGAUGUGUAUGAUCUUGAAACCACAGGUUCAAUGUACUUGGAUGGUUCACGAGGGAGUAGUAGCCAAUGUGUGAGUGAAGAGUAUAGCUCUUUCCCUUGCAUAGAGGAGGAGUACAUGGUGGCCACCAUGGGGGGCAAUUCAGACAUUUUACCAUUGCAGGAUUGUCACAUAGCAGAUUCGACUUACGAGGAGGAUGUGACACAAGAUCCAAUAUGGAACAUGGACGAUAUUUGGCAGUUUGAGGAGUACUCACACUUCAAUUAG